UGUUCAAAUGUCAUAAUGAAAUUGUUAUAAUUUUGUAUUUGUAAAAUUUUAUCUAUUUACAUUCGGUAUUCAUUCGAAUCAGAAUCUUUAUUUAAUUACCUUAAAUUUAGCAGUUAAAGGGUUUAAUUUACAAUCAUGGGCCGUCGAUCAAUUAAUACCACUAAAAGUGGUAAAUAUAUGAAUCCAACAGACCAAGCAAGAAAAGAAGCAAGGAAAAAAGAGUUGAAGAAAAAUAAAAGGCAAAGACAAAUGGUAAGAGCAGCUGUGCUAAAAAUGAAAGACCCUACACAAAUAUUAGAGGAGUUGCAGAAAAUUGAUGAAAUGGAGUAUAAUGUAUUGCAACCUUCACCACUAAAUGAGAAAGUACUAAAAGAGAAACGAAAGAAGCUAAGAGAAACCUUUGAUAGGGUUCUCAAAAUGUAUGAUAAAGACGAUUCUGAGAAAUGGGUAGACUUAAAACGCCAAGAAAUGGAAUAUGAAAAGAGGAAAGCACAUUUGAUUUCAUAUUAUGAAUCUGUAAAACAUGCACAGUCUGUACAAGUCGACGAUAUUCCAUUACCCACAUUACAAAUCCCUGAAAAUAUUAUCUACAGCAAUGUACCAUCACAAAUUCCAUUGCCAUUGGACAUUGGAUACCCUUCUGUACCUGUCAAGCCAAUAUUGAAGAAAGAUUCUGCUUACAGAGAAAGACCAGCCGGUUUAGAGCCACCUGGAGUUCCACCUGGUCCUCCCGCUGACUUCCAGUUGCUGGCCGUAGAAGCCACUAAAAAUGAACAGUUACACAAUAAGAAGGACUUCCGGUCUAAGGUGGAUUUCAUGAAAGAGAAAAAGAACAUCCGUUUCUCAGACAUGGCUGAUGAGGGUCCACCAGGCGAAGCUGCUCCUCUUAAUGCUAUACCACAAAAUACACUGCCCCUGAUGAGCAACUAUGAUGGGGAAGCGAUAGAAGAUGACCGUCCGGCAAGUCCGCCAGGAGGAGUCCCGCCGCUAGUUCCACCUACUGCACCGAAGCCUACUUCCCUUCAACAGAGAAUGUUGGCGUUAUCCGGACAAAAUAUAGACGACUUCAUGAAAGAGAUGGAGGAAGUGCAUAGGAAGAGGGAAAGGGAUAGAGCCGCAGAUUUAAACGCUAGGUUAAGUGCUUUGAAGCGUAGUGGAGCUGCUCCUGGUGUUGGUCGAGAUAGUGACUCUGAUAGCGAUAAUGAAACCAUGAUGCCACCUCCCCAACUCCAGGAGUACCUCGAACCGCCCGGACUGGAGAUGAGGCAAAUGCCUCCUCCGCUUCUUCCGCCAGGUCUUCGGCCUCCACUUCGCGCGCCUCUCGGGCCCCCGCCCGGUCGUCCAGUGAUGCGGCCUCCAGCCCCGCCCGGGCCGCCCCCAGGGCUGCCUCCGCGAGCGCUGUUGCGGCCCCCGGGGCCGCCUCCAGGGGCGCCCCCACGCCUCCUUCGCCCGCUGCAGCCGCCACCGCCCCCGAAACCUAUGCCACAACUCUCGGUCCUUACAGCGGCCCCUCAGCUUAUAUCAAAGAAAGAUGGUGUUCAAGGUGCUACUAUCAGUGCGAAGCCACAAAUUAGGAAUCUCUCCGCUGACGUCACGAGAUUCGUGCCGUCCGCGUUACGAGUUAAACGGGAGGAUAAGAAGACGAAACCUGGUAUUAAGUCGACUUUGCAACGGCCGGCAGAUAUGCCUAAACAAGCACCAACCAAGGACGAUGCCUACAUGCAAUUCAUGAGAGAAAUGGAAGGACUGUUAUAGGUUUAGUUCGUAAUGUAAAUAAUUGUAUGAGUCAAUAAAUAGUUAAGUAUAUUUUUCGUUGU